AUGACAAAGAGGCAUGGUCACAACGAUACGGAUGAUGCUGAAACUAGUCAGCAGUUGAACAAUCGAAUAGAAGAAAAUACGAAGGCAUUAGAGGAGAUGAGGAACAUGGUGACCGGGCUGUCUCUGCAGUUGACUCAGAUAGUCAAUAAUCAAGCCAACCCGAGGAAUCACCAGAGACAAGACUUACAGGUUGAAGGAGAGGGGUUUAAUUUUGCGGCAAGACUGACGAAAAUUGAAUUUCCUCGAUUCAAUGGCAAUGAUCUUAAUGCAUGGUUGUUCAAAGUGGAACAAUUCUUUCAGCUUGAUAGGGUGACAGAUGCAACAAAAGUGAGGUUAGCUGCUAUUCAUUUUGAGGAUAAAGCAUUGCAGUGGUAUCAAUCUUUCAUUAGUCAAAGAGUUGAAGGUGAGGUAUUAGCUUGGGCAGAAUUAGUAGAAGCUUUAAAAGUCAGAUUUGGUAAACUGUUUGAUGAUCCGAUGACUGAGUUAAAAAACUUAAAACAAACAACCACAGUUCAAGAAUAUCAUGAUAAGUUUGAUGCUAUUAUUAGUAGGUUGCAGUUACAGGGUGAAUAUGCUUUGAGUUGUUUUUUGGCUGGGUUAGAAGAUGAGAUACAGUUGCAGGUAAGGAUGUUUAUUCCUAAAAACAUCCAAGAAGCUUUUUGCUUAGCAAAGCUUCAAGAGGCAACUAUUAAAGCCAAGAAGGGUAGAUUUGGGUUUAAGCCAGCUAUUUUACCCAAUCCAGUUAGUAAUAAACAGGUGACACCUUACAACAGACCUUUGAAUGCUGAAAUUAAAAAGAAUGUGAUUAGGAAGACUUUAACUAAAAGUGAAAUGGAUGAGCGUAGAGCUAAGGGGUUAUGUUUUAACUGUGAUGAAAAAUAUUCACAAGAUCAUGUGUGUAGAGGUAAUAAAAGACCUCAGUUGUACCAUAUAGAAGUGGAGUGGUUGGAAGAUGAGGUUGAUACAGAUGAAGAAGUAAUAAUGGAGUGUGCACAGAUUUCAGUAAAUGCAGUUGAGGGAAAUGAUAUGUACAAAUCAAUAAGAGUUACUGGUCAUUAUGGUAAAUAUGAAUUACAGCUGCUAAUGGAUACGGGUAGUUCUCAUAAUUUCUUAGAUGUUACACUAGCGAAGCAGUUAGGAUGUAAGUUGGUUAAAGGGCCAGCCAUGUUGGUGAAGGUAGCAAAUGGGCAUGAAGAAAUUUGUGACCAAAUGGUUAAAGGGUUUUGUUGGAAAAUGCAGGGAAUUCAGUUUAAGGCAGAUGUCUAUGUCAUGCCAUUGGGUGGAUGUGAUUUGGUGUUGGGAGUACAGUGGUUUACCACUUUGGGUAGUAUCAAAAUGAACUACAAUGAUAGAACAGUGGCAUUCAAAUUCAAAGGUCAUAAGGUGAUAUUAAGGGGACAGCAGGGUAGAAGUUUUUCACAAAUUAACAAGGGCAACUUAAAGAAGAUUGAUCAGCAGAGAGGAGAGUUAACUAUGAUUCAAGUAUGUGCAAUUGAUGGGUAUAGUAAUGCUACUUCUGUCUUGUUGCAAGAGACUCCACAGAAUGCUGUCCAGAAACAACAGUUACAACAGCUGUUGGUAGUCUUUGAUGAUGUCUUUCAAGACUUAAAAACUUUGCCUCCUUUAAGGGGACAAUUUGAUCACAGGAUUCCUUUGAAGAAUGGAACUGAAGGGGUGAAUUUGAGGCCCUAUAGAUACCCGGUAAUUCAGAAAGAUGUGAUAGAGAAAAUGACCAAUGAAUUACUGGAACAAGGGGUAAUUAGGUCCAGCACUAGUUCAUUUGCAUCUCCAGUGGUUUUGGUAAAGAAGAAGGAUGGGUCCUGGAGGAUGUGUAUUGAUUACAGGAAGCUAAAUCAGGCUACCAUUCCAGACAGAUUUCCUAUUCCCUUGGUAGAAGAUUUGAUGGAUGAAUUACAUGGUACCAAGUAUUUUUCUAAGUUGGAUCUUAAAGCUGGAUAUUAUCAAAUAAGGAUGGAUGAGGCUGAUAUACACAAAACUGCAUUUAAAACUCACAAUGGCCAUUUCGAAUUUCUGGUAAUGCCUUUUGGCCUUACAAAUGCCCCUUCCACUUUUCAAGGGCUAAUGAAUCAAGUCUUUAAGCAGUAUUUGAGGAAAUAUGUACUGGUCUUCUUUGAUGACAUAUUGGUGUACAGCCCAUGUUGGGAUACUCAUAUGUCUCAUCUAAGAGAUGUAUUGCAAGUUCUAAGACAGCAUCAGUUGGUUGCUAAGAAAAGUAAGUGUGAAUUUGGGGCUACUAAACUGGAGUAUCUGGGCCAUAUAAUUUCUCAAAAAGGGGUGUCCACAGAUCCAGCUAAAGUAUCAGCCAUUCAAAGGUGGCCUGUACCAACUAAUGUCAAGGAGUUGAGGGGAUUCUUGGGUCUUACAGGGUAUUACCGGAGGUUUGUGAAAGGGUAUGGUACCAUUACUAAGCCAUUAACACAAUUACUCAAAAAAGAUUCUUUUCAGUGGUCCAGCUUGGCUCAGCAGGCUUUUGAGCAGUUGAAAAUCAGUAUGAGUGAACCUCCUGUGCUAGCAUUACCAGAUUUCAAAGAAACCUUUGUAGUAGAGACUGAUGCUUCAGGAUAUGGAAUUGGGGCAGUCUUGAUGCAGAGGGGCCAUCCUAUUGCUUACAUCAGCAAAGCUUUAUCUCCUAGACAUAUGGCUUUAUCCACAUAUGAAAGAGAGCUAUUGGCCAUCAUAUAUGCAGUACAAAAGUGGCAACCUUAUUUGGCUCAUAAUCAUUUUGUCAUAAAGACGGAUCAGCACAGCUUGAAGUAUCUGUUAGAUAGCAAGAUUUCUACCCCUUUUCAGCAGAAGUGGUUAUCGAAACUUAUGGGGUUUAGCUUUGACAUUAUGUACAAGAAGGGAGUUGAAAAUAAGGUGGCUGAUGCUUUGUCAAGAAUUACACAUGGAGAGGUUUUGCAACUGGCAGCAUCUGCAGUUCAUACAGACAUUUGGAUGGCAAUUAGAGAAGGGUGGCAACAAGAUACUGAGUUGGUAAACAUUAUACAAGAUUUGAAGAAAGAUCCUUUGUCCCACAGCCAGUAUAGUUGGACAAAUGAGGAAUUAAGAAGGAAGGGUAAAUUAGUCAUUGGGAAUUCGGAAACUUUGAAAUAG